CCCCUUUAAAUUCUUCCUUGCCCCUCCUAUCCCGUGCCUGCAACGGCCGAGCCGCCUUAAACCCGACCUUGACCGUGAACGACCUGCAGUCUCAGCUACAUCACAUCUGAUUUUGCGACACCCGAGUACAACUGCUUCUCGCUUCGAAGACUCCGUCUAAUCGCUCGCGGACCGUUUCUGGUCAAUCAAGGAGCCCAACCUUGGGAAGAAGACUUCUCGUUGAACGAGCAACAGCCUAUUUCCACGGACUUGCGGGGCUCCAACAUGGCAGCAGCCGGGCAUUCGACUGCGAUAUAGACCGGGGCAAGAUUGCCAUUGCGAAUACUCUCCCUCGCCGCCCGAGCUUUCGGCGACCGUAGGUUUUCGAGAUGAACGACAUGUUGCCGCCGCCGAUGACUCCGGCCGCCUCAGACUGGGGUCGCCGGCGGACCAACGGGGGCAACAAGGCCUUUCACAAUUUUGCAAACGACUACUCUCAUAUAUCCGAUCCCAACUUACGGAGAAGAUUAGCACUCAGCGAGAUCGACAAGGUCCCUUUCGGCUUAUACCAUGUGAGAGCCAUUCUCGUUGCCGGCGUUGGCUUCUUCCUCGACUCGUACGACAUCUUCGCCAUCAACCUGAUCACCACCCUGCUCGGCGUCGUCUUCUGGCAAGGCCCCCCUAAUCAGAACGUUCAUGGUUACGGCGGCAACAACGGCGAGUUGCCGAGCUCCGUCAACUCGGCCCUGAAAGCUUCCACCAGCGGCGGCAUCAUCAUCGGCCAAAUUGUUUUCGGCUGGUUGGCCGAUGUCUUUGGCAGACGGAGGAUGUAUGGCGUGGAACUCGGAAUCAUCAUCUUGGCCACCCUGAGCGCCGCCCUCGUGUCACCAAGCCAGUCCGUCAGCUUCACCGGACUAAUGAUAUUCUGGAGGGUCAUCAUGGGCGUUGGCAUCGGUGGUGACUAUCCGCUCAGUUCCGUCAUAACUUCAGAGUUCGCCCCCACGCGUUGGAGAGGAGCCAUGAUCGCGGCCGUUUUCUCCAUGCAGGGCAUGGGCCAGCUCGGCGCUGCCGUCGUUGCGCUGGUGACCGCCGAAGCCUUCAAAGACUCGUACCUGGACGUGCACACUCUCAGUGACUGCCACGAUCGAUGCCAACUAGCCGCUGACCGCUCAUGGCGCAUCAUCGUCGGCAUGGGCGCAGUACCUGCCUGCAUAGCCUUGUACUACCGGAUCACCAUUCCCGAAACGCCUCGAUACACCUUCGACGUCGAACAAGAUGUCGAAAAGGCCGACGCAGAUAUUCGUGCCUACAUGUCGAGCAAGUCAAAGGGAGACUAUGAUCCGGAGGUGCAAGCGAGGAUAAAAAAGGAAAUCGGUCUCGCCUACAACACGCCGGCCGCGUCCUGGCCUGACGCGUGGGCCUACUUCUCUCAAUGGAAGCACUUCAAGAUGCUGAUGGGCACUGCUUUGUCGUGGUUUUUUCUGGAUUUGGCAUUCUACGGUUUGGGAUUGAACAGUACAGUUGUAUUACAAACCAUUGGUUUCGCCGACGGCGACAACUUUUACGAAAGGUUACACAACCAAGCCAUUGGCCUGAUCAUUUUGGCAUGCGCUGGCGCCAUCCCGGGGUAUUGGACAUCGGUUUUCACAAUCGAUACUAUCGGCCGCAAGCCCAUCCAAAUCAUGGGCUUCUUCAUCUUGACCGUCAUUUUCUGCAUCCUCGGCUUCAUGCUUCACCAACUCUCCGACGCCGUUUUCAUCACCAUCUACGUAAUCGGCCAGUUCUUCUUCAACUUUGGCCCAAAUACCACCACCUUUAUCGUCCCCGGCGAGUGCUUCCCGACGCGGUACCGAUCUACAGGACACGGAAUCUCAGCGGCGAUGGGCAAGGUCGGUGCCAUCCUAGCACAAGUCAUCAGCAUCCCUCUGCUGGCCAAGGACGUGCCGGGUGACUGCCACGGCGACCAUUGUGCGCCAUGGCUCGAUCGCCUAUUGGAACUGUUCGCCCUCUUCAUGUUCCUGGGCAUGCUAUCUUCUUUACUCAUCCCGGAGACAAAAGGCAUGACCCUGGAGGAAUUGGCUGGCGAGACCCCGACCUCAUACAACCGCGGCCGUAAUGGUAGCAUAUCGCACUACCCCCGUCAAGGCUCGAAAUGGAACCCGUUUUCCGGGGGCCAUCCAGCGGGAUUCCACUACCCGCGCUCAAGCAACAUUAAUGCCGCUCGGGUCGGCAUCAUGUCGUCCCCCGUCUUGCUGGCCGAGGAGGAGCGCCGGAGAAGGGGUCAGUCGCGGAGCUGGCGGAAGAGGAGGAAAGAACGAGGCGCGAACAGCAGCACGGCCGGCACGGAUGAAUACGCCAUGAGCAUCCGCAACAGCGGCGUCUCCUCGGCGCACGGUCGGAACAUGGGCGCCGUUGACGAGCAGAUGCCACCGGAGCCGGCGGCGCCCGGCGUCUUCCCGACAUGGGGGGCUGGGUGGGGCCGGGUGGAUCGCGGCGCGCAGCCGAUGGAAAACGUGAAGCUGCACGAUGUGGGGAGUCUACUGCGGAGGGACUCCCAUAGGGACUCCCGGCCUUGAGCUGUUUUCUUCUCAUUACUUUGUAGGGGGCAAGCGAGCGUCAUACAUAACUUUGCUUUUUUUUUUUUUUUUUUUUUUUUUUGCUUUACAAUAUGGUCCCAAAACUGGCGAAUUUGGCUGGACAGGGACUAACUCUUGUUUGAUUAGACAGGUUUGCAUGAUAAUGUCCAUUAUGAAGACCGCUCGUGCGGUCAUUAUCACAUUAUUUUGAUGAAACUUGUAUAGUGCCAUUCUGUCAUGUUUUGCCCGCGUACGGUUUGAGCUGUCUACCAUGUUGGAGUGAAGAGACCGGGUUGCAGCGGCACAUAGAGACCAAAAGGAGAGAGCCUUGCUUGGCUGAGCAUGCUGUCAAACAGAUCUUUCUCGCAACAAAAGGGAUCAAAAUUUGCCUUGGUUAAUGUCUUAAACUAUCGAAACCCAGUAAAGGAACCUCGCUCUCAACGGCCCUUCUCAACAUCGAGAUGCGCGUCGCGGAUCACCCGCAUGCCAAGAAGGCCGGAUCCCCUCACUAGGGGCCCCUCCCGAUCGCCACGCCACGCCAUGCCACUCACUCACUCACUCAUGCUUGGGUAUCUCCCCUCCGCCCUCCUCUUCCCCAGGAAUGCUACGGAGAAUCUUCCGUGCUCCCGCAGUCUGUCCAUCCGUCUGUAAUUAUCAUGCAUUCGUGUGUCACCAUGCCCUCCGGAUGAUGAUGCCAUAAUGCAACAUCAAGCGCCGAUUCCUGGUGUCCCGUAACCAAUCAGAGUCCUCUUGAACACCAAAACGCCUCGACCGGUAGCAGAGAGCACAUUCCCAACUCGAUUCGUUGUCCUUGUCCUU